GAUUCUGAUAUAAGGCCCGUACGCGAACAUGUCGAACAAAAAGCACUUCUUUGCCGCUAGUCCACUCCACUACAAAUAGAAUACGAAGCUCGCGAUGGCGAAACCCCAGGAAUCGGAGAAGCCCCCGGAGCCGGCCUCCAUGAACGACGUCGAGCGGGUCUUCGCGCGCUACGAUGCCAACGGCGACGGCAAGAUCUCGGCGUCGGAGCUAGCCAACGGGAUGCGCGCCCUCGGAUUUGAGGGAUCCGACGAAGAACUCAAAGCCAUGAUGGCGGAGCUCGACUCCGACGGAGACGGCUUCGUGGAUCUGAAUGAGUUUGCCGCGUUCCACAGGGGGCUGGGCGACCUCACUGGAGGGGAGAGGGAGCUGAGGGGCUUCUUCGCGAUGUUCGAUCUGGACAAGAACGGGCGGAUCUCCGCGGAGGAGCUUCAUCUGGUGCUGACGAGAUUGGGCGAGAAGUGCUCCGUUCAGGACUGCGCCCAGAUGAUCCGGUCCGUCGAUUUGGACGGCGAUGGUAGCGUGAACUUUGAGGAGUUCAAGAAGAUGAUAGGCAACGGCGGGGGAAGGAAGGCAUCUGACGGCAGUGGAUCUCCGUUGCCGUCGCCAUCCUCUAAGUGAUGUGGGAUAUUGUUCAUUCUUAGACGUUCUUUGCAUGGAGAUGAGGGCUUGAUUAGUCUAUCAAAUUUCUUAUCUCAUUUGAGACGUCUUUAUAGCUUGCGAGACCUGUAGUAAGUGUGUUCUGGGAUGCGUCUGAGAACUGGCAAUUACUAAUUAGAGGAAUAAAUAAGCUUUUUCUUUCU